GGACGAUUGUCUGUGGUUCGUUUGACGUUUGUUUAUUUCUCAAGUGGUUUUUUGUACCUAAUUUUAAAGUGUUUCGUGUUGCAUUCUUUCUAAAAGUUUUGUUGGAGUUUUUUUGGCUUUAUUAAGUUGUUGUGUAAUUGGUGUUGUAGCGACGACAAGCCAAUUUACGAGUUAUCGAAUUUCAAGUGUAGUACCUACUAAGAAAGUUCACACCACAGGUUCACACGGUAACCCGUAUAUAAACAGUUUGUGCGCUAUGCAUUGACUUUGUACGGGCUUGUCGGGACGCGGGUUGGUCGCAUAGGUUGAAUAUUAAUUACAUACGGAUAAAUAUAUGUAGUUAACGAAAUAUAUUAAUAUAACCUGUGCCUAGUUAUUUCAUUCUUUCAUUACACCCGCAUAUAACAAGCCCCUACAGUGUUAAACGUGUUGCAUAAAUUAUUUAAAGGAGAAAACUGCAAAAAUAACAACUAUGAGCUCCUCGGAAAGGUCGUCUCAUCCCUCCCGUGCCCAAGUAGAGUAUCUAGUCGACUAUCUUGGCAAACAUCCUAGCUUAGCCAAGGGUUUUUCAAAAGUCCCGAGCGCUAGAGACGAAGCUAGAAAAACAUGGGAGGAGUUGACUAUUAAAUUAAAUAGCUUGGGAGGCUGCACUAAAACAUGGAAACAGUGGACAAAGUAUUGGUCUGACAAAAAGAGUGCCGUGAAGAAAAAAGCUGCCCUACGAUACCGGGCACGCAAUAAGACUGGUGGUGGAUGUGAAUCGGUGGUGGAGCUUUCAGAGGUGGAGGAGAAAAUACUUACAUUAAUGGGCGGGGAAGGUUUUGCAAUUGGUGAUAGGCAUUUGGAAAUUAAUCCAUUUGAAGUAAGCUAUUGUUAUCAAUUUUGUUGAUCCGAUACAUGUAUGUAUGUAAAAUAUAAUUAUUCAAUGUCAUG